AUGAGGAUAUCGAGGGUAUCUGCGGGGUCUGAUGAUUCGGCCCUUCCUGUCAGUUCGAAUGGGCACCCAUUCGAUGACGACGCAGGGUCAGCAAUUGUUCUCUGGGCGAACACGGUCCAGUCCCAGAGUCUGUCAAUAGACAGCACAAGCAUUUCCUCGACUCAAACUCUAUCGCGACCGGGGACACCCAAGCCGGCCGAUCCCGAGCUCGCGCGGGAGCUCUUCGAAGCCGUUAAACGCAAUUCUAUUCCCCUUGUGGAGUACCUGCUGGAUCGUGUUGAUAUCAACACCCGGCGGCCUCGAGAUGGACGUACUGCACUCUCAUUCGCCGCUGAGCUGGGAUCUGUAAAAAUGACAAAGUUUCUUCUUGAUCACGGAGCCCUAGUCAACAUUCGCCAGUACACUCGUACCUGUGCAGACAGUAAGGGCCCGACUUUCAUUGGCGGGCGCACAUCACUACACUGGGCAGCAGAUUCGAGGGCAUUAGCAAAGGGCGACAUCAUUAAGCUCUUGCUGGACCAUGGGGCAAAUCCAAAUGCGGCCACUAGUGCAGGCCGGCCGGCACUGCAGUUUGUGUGUAUACAAGGUGAUUGCAAGUCAGCUAGAAUCCUCCUAGACGGAGGCGCGGAUGUGAACUUUCGAAGCUUCCAUCAUGGCUGGUGUGCUGUGAACGAAGUUGCACAUUUUAAUCACACCGAACUACUGAAGGUCCUCUUGGAGUACAACCCGCUACUUGACGUCACUGUUGACCUUAAGGGUGAUCGAAAGGCGCCAUUACAUAGUGCUGUCUGCAAUCACAAUCCUGAAUUCAUGAAAUUACUCCUCGAGAACGGCGCUGAUCCUGAUAUCGGCAUGUUCGAAGGUAACAAUCCUCUGCAUCUUGCUGCCGCCAUGGGCUGGUUGGAAGGCAUCGAUAUACUUCUGGAUUCGAACGCUUCGGUGGAUGCUCAGGAUGACUUUCUCUUUGAGACACCUCUACAUAAGGCGGCACGAAACCGGAAGGUGAAAGCAUGUCAGCUUCUAUGUCAUCGUGGCGCCAAUCUUGCAAUUCAGAAUAUCGAUGGGCUGGAUUAUCAGUCGAUUUUGAAUUGCACGCAGCGGUACCCUGAUGACUGGAAGGUGAACCAAGAGAAAGUUUAUUUUCUGUCUUGACGGGCAUUUUUGUUGUGAGCUAAAGAUGCAUCUUUUGCAUGUGGAACUCUCAUAAUAGAUGAUCGUGCUAUUCACAUUUCAUCGUGACUUGUAUGAAAAGUAUCUUCCCCUUAAAAAUGAGCCUAAGAGGGUUUCUUUCGUCUCAUUUGUUAGGUAACUCCCGACACUCGAGGUUUUUUAGGAAGAGAACCUAGGAAAGGUGCAGAAUCAGUGCUACACCGAUGAAUUCGGUGAUUGGCUCACGCUCUGCUUGAGAACUUUACAAGACAGGGACUAUUCAGACAUGCUACGGGCAACAUGAACACUGUCAUGAUAGUCUCAUGCAUUG